ACACGUAUGCGCGAUCGCGUUCUGGAGCGCGCCGAAAUAAAAAGGAAAAAAGGAAGAAGGAAUAAGAAAGAUCGAUGGCCAUAAGCAAAAGGGACGGAUAGAUCAAUCGUCACCGAUCAUGACAGCCGCGCAUAAAAAGGGAAAAAGCGAAAGUGCCGGGAAAAAAACUCACUCUGACUCCGUGUUAGAAUAUACGAGAAAAGACAAAUUGCUCCGAUUGAAGCCGAUAUCAUCGCUUGAUAUCAGCUCGAAAUCGAGAUCAAUAUUUUCAUCGGAAACAAAAGGUCGAAUUAUCAACGUCGACAUCCGUGAUGUUGGUAGCGCUACUUUACUAGCGUUUAUUAUUUUUCCACUAUACGCGGAGCAGCAUCAACGGGGAUAAAUAAGGAUGUGGCGCUGUAUUGGCUGUACGGGACAUCAGGGUGCAUCAGGGUUAGGUUUGAACAUCGUACACUCGUCGAGAGAUUGGGAAUUUCGUCCGUUCAAAAUGUUUAUUAAGCCAUUCAAAGUCAAGACCAAUUAUCAGCUAAAAGGAACUGAGAGGAAAAAAUUAUGCGAGGAGGUAUUGGCGGCAUAUCCGAAUUUAUCGGAUGAAGAGAUUCAGUCAUUGUUGCCUAAAAAGGAAGCCAUCAGCAUUAUGAAAAUAGUGACACACAAUGGACAUGUAGGAAAAGUGUACUGUGUCGCAAAGAUACCCAUGUUCUUUCAACUGGAUUCAUAUGACACUCUGCUGUUUCCUACAAUUUAUACAUUAUGGCACCAUCCAUAUUUAUUAAACACUUUUACUACGCACACUCCAGUUAUAUCCAAAUUGGCAGGAGGUGCAGAUCUCAUGUUGCCUGGAUUGAUACUGAAGGAACCGGUGACCUUAUAUAGCUUUGGUAAACUACCAAAAGGUACUCCAGUGUCAAUUAACACUGAGGAAAACAAGGCUGCUGUCGCGGUUGGCAUUACUGCGCUUUCCAGUGAAGACAUGUAUAUGGCAGCUGGACAUGGAAAAUGCGUGGAGGUAUUUCAUGUCAUUGGUGAUAUGCUAUGUCAAUUGGGUAAACCACCGCUGAGGCCUGAUUUGGGUUCACCGAAUGUUGACAGUCCUACAAAUACAUUAGAAGAUAUCAAAUCGAUUAAUCAAGAAGCAAUCGUAGAUCAAACUGAAACUCUAUCGGUUAAAUUAGAUGAAUUGAACACCGAUGAGAAUUCAAGCGAGGAACAUAUAGAAGAAGAUGUAGAAAUUGAAGAUGUACAAAUUUCGAGCAUAGUUGAGCCAGAAGUAGUUGAUCCAGUUCAAGAGAUGGACGCGCUACUGGAAUACUGUUUCUUGAAAGCGUGUAAAACGACGGUAAAAUCUAGUGAUUUGCCAAUGUUGUCGUCCAACUUCUUCAAAAAUCAUCUGUUAGCCGCUUGUCCGCCGGAUAAAAAUGUUGAUGUAAAGAAAUCUCGGUAUAAAAAACUAUCGGUUUUUCUAGCGGAAAUGAAGGCUAAAGGAAUAAUUAACACAUCCAUUACAAAAGGUGUUGAAACAUUGCUGUCUAUCAAGUUUGAUCAUCCACUUGUGAGGAAAUUAGUUGUCACCGAAGAACCAGUUGCGGCUGAACCAGUGGUUUCGAAUAGCGCUGUCGUGUCAGAAUGUUACCGAGUGACUGCUGACGUUCUGCCAGUCCUUUCAAAAUUUGGCUAUGAAAAGGGUGACGUAAUGAAAAGAGCCGAGAUCAGAAAGUGUUUUACUGAGUACGUGAAAGCGGAGGAUCUGCAAAAUGGAAAAACGUUAAAAUUGAAUCCCCCAUUGGCGGGAAUUAUGCGAACUAAGGCUCAUCAGGUGACUGUAACGAUGGAGGAUGGAAUAAACAAGUUUAUCGGUCGUAUGACGCAUAUGCACGAGGUUACCCUAGCUGGAAAUACUUUGUUGCACACUGGAAAAUUGGAACCGAUCGACAUGAGAGUAACAGUGCGAUCAGGCGGGAAAAAGGUAACAUUGGUAAACAAUCUAGAAACGUUCGGAAUCAAUCCGAAAGAAUUCAGCAAAGAGUGCCAGAAUAUUGGCGCGAGCGCGACAAUCACCGACGAUCCUGGUAAAAAGACCCCUAGUGUUCUUGUUCAGGGGAAUCAAAUUUUAUAUGUGUACAAAUUACUCACAGAAAAAUAUCAGAUAAAAAAGAAUUAUAUAAGAGGUUUAGAAUUCGCACCGAAGAAGAAAAAAUAGAUGUUUUAGUGAUUGUCAGUUGAAAAUUAAAAAAACUUAUACUGACCAAAACCCUCCCAGGUAGCAAGGUAUCGUCUAUUUAACGUCAUUAUUUAGGCAUUCUUAUGACAAAUGUGACGUUAAAAUGAUGAAUGACGUUUGAACAUCGUAAAAAUGACGUGGAUUUGUCACAGGUACAUAAUGUCAUAAGUCGACGUUGAAAAGAUGUCAUUAUUUUUGUGUUAUUAACGGAAUAAAUAUAUGACGUUAUUAAUUGACCAUUAAUAACGUUACUAAUACGUCGACGAUUGGCCAUUUAUUCAACGUCAUCAAGUAUGACAUUGUAAAGACGUCAUAAAUAAUAAUGUCAUUAAUUGGUCAAGAAUGAUAACGUUAUUAUUACAUCUUAAAUAGGUCACAUGACGUCAAUAAUUAAAAAUGACUAACCAUCGAUGUCAAAAUGACGACAGCUUGCUACCUGGGAGCUGUGGUUGAAAUUUUUUUCUCGAAACUUUAUCACAAAUGGAUAUCUAAUAUUGAGUGCAAUUUUAACGAAGCAAUUUCAAUUGCUAAUUGAACAAAGUUGCUAUUUUAAUUAUUAUGGAAAUACGUUUUUUAGUAAAUAAGGUAAAAAUUGUGGAAAAUUAACAGUCAGAGAAAAUACGUUACAAAUGAUUAUCAAA